UGAAUUUGAACAUGUUUACCUUGAAAAUCUGCCGUGUGCUUCGAUGUAUGAACGCAGUUACAUGCACAGAGAUGUCAUUACACAUGUAGUAUGUACUAAAACAGAUUUUAUCAUAACAGCCAGUCAUGAUGGACAUGUAAAAUUCUGGAAGAAAAUAGAAGAAGGAAUUGAGUUUGUUAAACACUUCCGGAGUCACCUGGGUGUUAUUGAGAGCAUUGCUGCUAGUUCAGAGGGGGCAUUAUUCUGUUCAGUUGGCGAUGACAAAGCAAUGAAGGUGUUUGAUGUCGUCAACUUUGAUAUGAUCAACAUGCUGAAACUUGGCUACUACCCUGGCCAAUGUGAAUGGGUAUAUUGCCCUGGAGAUGCCAUAUCUUCUGUUGCAACAUCUGAGAAGAGCACAGGAAAAAUAUUCAUCUAUGAUGGACGAGGAAAUAACCAGCCACUUCAUGUUUUUGAUAAACUCCAUACAUCCUCUCUUACUCAGAUACGGCUGAAUCCUGUCUACAAAGUAGUUGUGUCUUCUGACAAAUCUGGAAUGAUUGAGUACUGGACUGGUACUCCUCAUGAAUAUAAGUUUCCCAAGAAUGUGGACUGGGAGUAUAAAACAGAUACUGAUCUAUAUGAAUUUGCUAAAUGCAAAGCUUACCCAUCCAGUAUAAGUUUUUCACCUGAUGGCAAGAAAAUGGCCACUCUUGGGUCUGACAGAAAAGUUAGAAUUUUCCGUUUUUUGACGGGCAAGCUCAUGAGAGUCUUUGAUGAAUCUCUGAGUAUGUUUACUGAACUUCAGCAGAUGCGACAGCAACUACCAGACAUGGAGUUUGGCAGACGUAUGGCAGUUGAGCGUGAGCUGGAAAAAGUGGAUGCAGUAAGAUUAAUUAAUAUAAUUUUUGAUGAAACUGGACACUUCGUUCUCUAUGGAACAAUGUUGGGCAUUAAGGUCAUAAAUGUAGAAACUAACAGAUGUAUUCGUAUCUUGGGAAAACAAGAGAACAUCAGAAUGAUGCAACUAGCUUUGUUCCAAGGAGUAGCAAAGAAGCAUCGUGCUGCAAUCACUAUAGAGAUGAAGGCAUCUGAAAAUCCUGUUCUCCAGAAUAUCCAGGCAGAUCCAACAGUAAUCUGCACAGCUUUUAAAAAAAAUAGGUUUUACAUGUUUACUAAACGUGAACCAGAAGAUACAAAGAGUGCAGAUUCUGACAGAGAUGUAUUCAAUGAGAAGCCUUCUAAAGAAGAGGUCAUGGCAGCCACUCAGGCAGAAGGUCCCAAAAGAGUUUCAGACAGUGCCAUCAUCCACACAAGCAUGGGAGAUAUUCAUAUCAAGCUUUUUCCUGUUGAGUGCCCCAAAACAGUGGAAAACUUCUGUGUGCACAGCAGAAAUGGUUAUUACAAUGGACACAUAUUUCACCGUAUCAUCAAGGGUUUCAUGAUUCAGACUGGUGACCCAACUGGUACAGGAAUGGGAGGUGAAAGUAUUUGGGGAGGAGAAUUUGAAGAUGAGUUUCACUCAACUUUACGACAUGACAGACCAUACACACUCAGCAUGGCUAAUGCGGGACCAAAUACCAAUGGAUCCCAGUUUUUUAUAACAGUAGUGCCAACUCCAUGGCUAGACAACAAGCACAGCGUGUUCGGACGAGUGACUAAAGGAAUGGAAGUUGUUCAGAGAAUCUCAAAUGUAAAAGUCAAUCCCAAAACUGACAAACCCUAUGAGGAUAUCAGCAUCAUUAAUAUCACAGUGAAGUAAGCUAGGAGUUGAAGGUUCCAGUUUAUGCAGAAAAAACUCGGCACGGUGGGACCCAAAAAGGCACCUAGAAAGAACAGAAACACUUCUGGUAAUUCCUUGAUACAAGAAGUGAGGACAAAGCAAUCACCAGUUCUACUAUUUUUAAUGUACCUGAACCUAUUUCUGUAUUUCUGGUAACUUUGUAUUUUGAAGUAAACACAUCUGGAUGUUUCUUA